AUGAUUCCGAGCAUUCGAGACUGGUUUGAUCGAGCCCGACGUGAAAAUCUGCUUGACGAUGACUUGGAGGAGUCCAGAAUGCUGUUCAGUCUCAAACGGAAGACACCUGACGAGCCUGAUCACGGAGGUUCUCGUCCAGGCCGAGCGGCCAACACUGACCGUGACUUUGAAGAAGGAUAUAGAAGAAUAUUUCAAGAUUAUUUUGCUGAUCAUCCAAUUUACUCUUCAAAGUUGUUCAGGCGACGUUUCCGUAUGCACCCUGAGCUAUUUCUUAGAAUCAUGAAUGUCGUUAAGGCCCAGGAUCCUUGUUCGAACAGAAAACCGAUGCACUUGGAAAGAAGGCAUUUCUAUGCGACAGUUGAAACAGACUUCGGUCCAAAGUAUUUAUGCUCGCCAACAAAGGAAGAUUUGAAGCGAAUUCUCACAGAAAACGCUUCACGUGGAUUCCCUGGGAUGAUUGGCUCCAUCGAUUGCUAUAACUGGAAAUGGAAAAACUGCCCGAAAGCUUGGCAUGGCUCAUACAGAGGGACGUCGAUUGUGCUCGAAGCUGCCGUUUCUCAUGACCUUUGGUUUUGGCACGCUUUCUUUGGUAUGCUCGAUAGCAUGAACGACAUCAACGUUCUUCAGCGGUCCCCAUUGCUGCAUUCUAUUAUCACAGACAAGAUGCCAUCGAUCAAUUACGUAGUCAACGAAAGUCCAUACUCCAUGGCCUAUUGGAACCUAGCCCACAGUUGGUAUCAGGAGAAACUGUCCUCAAUCAUGAGGGCCUGCAUUAUAUUGCACAACAUGAUUGUUGAAGAUGAAAGGUACUCUCCGGAUUUCGCCACAGACCAGGAGUUUGAGACAGGCGAGAUUCGUCCAGAUCGCCGACGCCGUUGCCAUCGAAGGACAGUGCAACCAAUUGAGAUCUAUCGUACUGCCAUUGAAGGUCAUGAAACUGGCGGGCAGUAUCAUCUAAUGCUGUCAGAUCUACCGAGAAAAGAGCCAAUCGAUUCUGUUCUUUAA